GCAAAAAGAAAAAUAAAAGAGUUUGUGGGUUUCGAGAGACGUACGUGGAAUAGCAAUGUGUCUAAUGGCGAAGCGAUUUCUGAAAAACCAACAACAAAUCACUAAAACCCAUUUUCCCUUCUUCACUCCCCAGUUUUCUUUCUUAAUCCUGUGGGUUUCCAGUUUCUCCCUCCCAAAACCAUGGGCGGUUUUCUGUCAACCCAAUACCACAAUCCACUCUCCCAAAACCACCUGCCCCCUCUUCUUCUUCUAUCUAUAUACUAUCUUCUCUCUCCCCCCUCACUCCAUCCAAUAAACACACAAUUCUUCUCUUUCUCUUCAACGACAUUCAAUUUCUCUAUCUGGGUUUUGGUUAUUUCUUGGUUUAGAUACGGCUAAUCGAAAGAAUUGGGGGGUUGUUUUAAUGGAAACCAAUAGUUUAGGCGGCGGCGGUGUGGGUGGGAGUGGUGGAGGAGGAGGAGGAGGAGGAGCUGGAGCAGCUGGAGGAGGAGGGAUGUUUUCGGGCAUGAAUUCGUCAAUGUUGGGAUUGGAACUACCACUUCAUCAAAACCCAACAAAUCCCACUAAUCCUCACCAAUUACAUCACCCUCCAAUGGUAUCUUAUGUCCAACAUGACCCCCAUCACCACCAACAACCGCCGUCGGUCUCCGUGAAAUACCCCUUCCCGACAAAAGCUAAGCCACAGCAGUCAAAUCUCAGUGACGACGAGGAGCAGGGGUUCGCGGCGGAUGACAGUAAUGGAGAUGGCAAGAAGAAAAUCUCGCCGUGGCAGAGGAUGAAAUGGACGGAUAUGAUGGUUCGGCUGUUGAUUACAGCGGUGUUCUAUAUCGGCGAUGAAGGUGGGUCGGAGCCGGUGGACCACGUCGGGAAGAAAAAACCAGUAGGGUUACUGCAAAAGAAGGGGAAAUGGAAAUCGGUAUCCAGAGCAAUGAUGGAAAAAGGAUUCUACGUUUCACCACAGCAAUGUGAAGACAAAUUUAACGAUUUAAACAAAAGAUACAAACGAGUUAACGAUAUUUUAGGGAAGGGAACAGCCUGCAAAGUAGUAGAGAAUCAAACAUUACUUGAUUCAAUGGAAUUAACACCGAAAACAAAAGAGGAAGUACGAAAAUUACUCAAUUCUAAACAUCUUUUCUUCAGAGAAAUGUGCGCUUACCACAACACUUGCCGCCACAGCACCACCCACCCCUCGCCGGACGCGGCAACAGAACCAUCCCACCUUCCACAACAACAACAGCAACAGCAACUAUGCUUCCACGCCACAGAUACCACAACCUCCGCCAGUGUAGCAGCCGGCGAGUGUUCGAAAAGCGGAGAUGAGGAGGAUGAGGAGGAGGAAGAGGACGAAUCGGAAGAGGAGGAAGAGGAUGAGGAAACUGAAGGAAGACAGGAAGAAGAGGAGGAAACGGAAUCGAGGAAGAGGGCGAGGAAAGGGGGGAUAACGGCUGGGAUGCAGCAGUUGAGUGCGGAGGUGAUGGGAGUUAUUUCGGACGGGGGGAGGAGUCCAUGGGAGAAGAAGCAAUGGAUGAAGAGCCGAUUGAUUCAGCUUGAAGAGCAGAAAGUGAGCUGGCAAACGCAGGCAUUCGAGCUGGAGAAACAGAGGCUGAAAUGGGUGAAGUUCAGGAGCAAGAAGGAGAGGGAUAUGGAGAGAGCGAAGCUGGAGAAUGAGAAGAGAAUGCUGGAAAACGAGAGGAUGAUGCUGAUUGUAAAGAAGAACGAGUUGGAUUUGAUGGGUAUGCAACAUUAUCAGCAACAGCAGCAGCAUUCCUCGAACAAGCGAGGGGAUCCAUCGUCGAUUACAGGAUGAAGAAGAAAGGGGGGAUUGGGUUUAGGGUUUAGGGUUUAGACAAUUUAGACUUUAGAACUAAAGGGGUUUUGAAACUGUGGGGAUUAUAAAUAUAAUUUAGAAGAAGUGUAACUCCCGUUUGGUUAAUUUUAUUUUUAUUCUUUUUCUGGGUUCGA